AUGGCACACAGACUUGGAGGACGUAGAAAGAACGUAAAGAAAGGAUUUCAAUUCACAUUGAUGGUUGUAGGCGCCUCUGGUACUGGCCGCACUACCUUUGUGAAUACACUCUGUGACUCCAGCGUCUUGUCGAAAAAGAUCUGCGAUAACCCAGAGGAGGCACACAAUGAAGAAGGCAUCACUAUCAAGCCGGUCUCUGUUGAAUUGGAUGAAGAUGGCGUUAGAAUCUCCUUAACCAUUGUUGACACACCUGGGUUUGGCGAUAACAUUGAUAAUGAGAAAUGUUUUCAAGAGAUCGUUGGCUAUCUGGAAAGACAGUACGACGACAUUUUGGCUGAAGAAUCCAGAAUCAAGCGUAACCCUCGUUUCCGUGAUAACCGUGUCCAUGCUCUGCUAUACUUUAUUUCACCCACUGGCCAUGCUCUCCGUGAAAUCGAUAUUGAACUCAUGCGUCGUUUGAGCCCUCGUGUCAACGUCAUUCCUGUCGUUGGUCGUGCUGAUUCCCUCACGCCACAAGAGCUGAAGGAUUUCAAAAGAAGAAUUAUGGAAGAUAUUGAACACUACAGUAUUCGUAUCUACAAUUUCCCAUAUGACGUCGAAGAAGAUGAUGAGGACACCAUCGAGGAGAACAGCGAGUUGAGAGCUCUUUUACCCUUCUCUAUCAUUGGAAGUGACGAGGAAAUCACUGUAAAUGGUCGUUCUGUUCGCGGAAGACAAUAUCCUUGGGGGGCUGUUGAAGUGGACAAUCCCCAACACUCUGAUUUCGCACGUUUGCGAUCUGCUCUUCUGAGCUCGCACCUACAGGAUCUCAAGGAGAUCACUCAUGAUAUUCUCUACGAGAACUACCGUACUGAGAAGCUUAGUCGUACAGUCAACGGCGGAGAUCAGGAUGAUGCUUCCUUGGAUGCAGAUGAUAUGGCAGGUCAAAGCGUUCGUUUGAAGGAAGAACAUUUGAGAAAAGAAGAAGAAAAGCUCCGUGAGAUUGAGCUGAAAGUUCAGCGCGAAAUUCAAGAAAAAAGAGCUGAACUGAUGAACAAAGAAGAGGCUCUACGUAGCUUGGAAGCAAGACUUUCGCAAGCUCAGUUGACAGAUGCUUAA